AUGCAGGAGGAAGGGGAGAAGGGCAAGGACGACAAGCUACCCAAGGGAAUAGAAAUGCAGCAAGACUUCGAUGGGGAUAUGCAUGAUAUAAGCGAGGAUGAGGAGGAGGAUCAGGAGAAGGAAGAGGAGGGAGAGGAGGAACAGCAACUGGAGGAGGAGAUGGGAGAUGUUGGUGAUAAUGCUGAUGUGGUUGAUGAGAAGAUUUGGAAGGGGGAUGAGGAGGAGGAGAAGGAGGGAAAGAGGGAGAAUGAGGAAGGACUCGACGAUUUCGGGGGCGCGGGAGGAGGAUUUGGAGUAUAG